CUCCCUCUAUACAAUGCUUCCGACAAAUCCUCCGGCUACGGGGGUUGGGCUCGGCUACGGAAUCGCCAUCGCCGUGAGCAUCCUGGUUCUCAUCUCCACUAUAAUGCUCGCCUCAUACAUCUGCAUAAGGUCAAAAUAUGCAGGAAGAUACGAAGCUACGAGUGAAGGAGUUGUUGGCUCGCCGGCUGCUGAAGUAAAGAUCGGACUGGACCGGCCGGUUAUAGAGUCAUAUCCGAGGAUAGUGCUUGGAGAUAGCCUGAGACUACCGAGGCCCAACAACGGCCCAUGUUCGAUAUGCCUAAGUGAUUACGAAGCUAAGGAUCCGGUUCGGUGUAUACCGGAAUGUAACCACUGCUUUCACGCUGAUUGUGUUGAUGAGUGGCUCCGGACAAGUGCCACAUGUCCUCUUUGUAGGAACUCACCGGCUCCCUCUACGCUAGCCACACCUUUGUCCGAUUUUGUACCACUUGCCUUUCAAAUCAGGUGAAGAAGGUUAAUGACCUUUUGUUUCUUUCA